GAUUGACAGUUGCCAUAGCAACAGCCCAGGCUGUCGCCAUUUUGUCAGUUGCUUUUUUAAUCUUUCAAAUGUUUUCGCUUCCCGCCGGAAUAAUGCAGUCACGCGCUCGUAACAGUGGCAAUUUUGGAAAGGCUUCGCCAACCGCAUCGGACUGAAAACGACACCGGGACAAAGAAUCGGAAUGUCAGGAAUAUAUUUAGUGGGCUAGUCGUCCGUGUCUCGGGUCCGCCGGGCCGGUCCGCUGCGCAGGUUUGGAACGCGCGCCAUUUUGUGAAAACUGACAGAAAAGCUUAACGUUUUUUUGUUCACAUUUUUAUGCAGCUGUUUCUAUAAUAUCUGCGUCUCGUUGUUUUUAGUGAUUAAUUUUGCUUUUGAAAACAAUUAAUUUGCGUCUCCACCUCUCCAGAAGCGAAGAAUCUUGAAUGUGCGUUUCCGACGCUAGCUGGUUAGCUGCGUUCGUUAAAGUCACUGAGAAAGAGCGCUAACUAGCCGCUAGCCUUCACUUCACCACCUAUAAACCAUGAUUAAUACACAAAUGAAGACUGACACAGGCAAACCCGAACUGGAAAGACGCUGUUUUAUCUGCCAUUUCAAAUAAAAGGCAUUUAGCCCCGUCUGGCUCAGUACAUUAGGGGUGUCACAUUGGAAGCAGCGUAGAGAAACUGGAUCAGUCGCCUCACUUUACUGGAUCUGGGACUUUAAAUGAAGAUCACACCAUCAAAGGGGGAGAGACCUCAGCAUGCAAACCCUCGUCUGUCCGGCUUGCACCCUCUCUUUCUUUCCAUGCUGCUGGUCUUCAGAUGGCUGCUCCCAUGCCUCAUUCGCACCAGCAGUACAGUGACUGUCACCAGCAGAGUACAGACCAGUCUGUCACUGUACUGCCAUACAGUGAUCAGACACAAGCACUCACUGCCAGCCAGAGGCACAUGCCCCAGUGCUUUCGUGACCCCACUUUAGCUCCUUUGAGGAAGCUCUCCAUAGACCUGAUCAAAACCUACAAACACAUCAAUGAGGUGUAUUAUGCAAAAAAGAAACGACGGCAUCAACAGGGUCAAGGUGAGGACUCCAGCCACAAGAAAGAAAGAAAAGUCUUUAAUGAUGGCUAUGAUGAUGAGAACUACGACUACAUCGUCAAGAAUGGGGAAAAAUGGAUGGACCGCUAUGAAAUUGACUCUUUAAUUGGAAAAGGGUCAUUUGGACAGGUUGUAAAAGCUUACGACCGAGCUGAGCAAGAGUGGGUAGCAAUUAAGAUCAUCAAGAACAAGAAGGCCUUUCUGAAUCAAGCUCAAAUUGAAGUACGGCUUCUCGAGCUCAUGAACAAACAUGACACAGAGAUGAAAUACUAUAUAGUACACUUGAAACGGCACUUCAUGUUCCGGAAUCAUCUUUGCUUAGUAUUUGAAAUGUUGUCAUACAAUCUAUAUGACUUGUUACGAAAUACGAACUUCAGAGGUGUCUCUUUGAAUCUGACACGGAAGUUUGCCCAGCAGUUGUGUACAGCACUUCUGUUUCUUGCUACACCUGAGCUCAGCAUCAUCCACUGUGACCUAAAGCCAGAGAACAUCCUGCUAUGUAACCCCAAGAGAAGUGCCAUCAAAAUAGUGGACUUUGGGAGCUCCUGCCAACUGGGACAAAGGAUAUAUCAGUACAUCCAGAGUCGAUUCUACCGCUCCCCUGAAGUGUUAUUGGGAAUGCCAUAUGACCUGGCCAUAGACAUGUGGUCUCUGGGAUGUAUUCUGGUGGAAAUGCAUACAGGAGAACCUCUCUUUAGUGGAGCAAAUGAGGUGGACCAAAUGAACAAAAUUGUUGAAGUACUUGGGAUCCCACCCAAUCACAUUAUGGACCUAGCACCAAAAGCCAGGAAGUUUUUUGAGAAGUUGUCAGAUGGCACAUGGAGUAUUAAGAAGACCAAAGAUGGGAAAAGGUACAAACCUCCGGCAUCUCGAAAGCUCCAUGCCAUCUUGGGAGUGGAAUGUGGUGGACCAGGCGGUCGUCGGGCAGGAGAAUCCGGCCACGCAGUAGCUGACUACUUGAAGUUCAAGGACCUCAUUCUCAGAAUGCUAGACUAUGACCCCAAGACGCGAAUUCAGCCCUACUAUGCCCUCCAGCACAGUUUCUUCAAGAAGACGACGGAUGAAGGAACCAAUACAAGCAGUAGUGUGUCAACAAGUCCUGCACUUGAGCAGUCGCAGUCAUCAGGGACCACUUCUAGUACAUCCUCAAGCUCAGGAGGAUCGUCUGGAACAAGCACCAGUGGCAGAGCAAGAUCCGAUCCAACUCACCACCAUCGGCACAGCGGUGGGCAUUUUGGCACAGCCAUGCCAGCCAUAGACUGUGACAACCUUUGCCCUCAGGCGAGACAGCCUUAUCAUCCCCCUGUAGUAUGGCCUGGAAUCGUAGGACCAGAACCUGUCACUGUAGAGACUCAUCCAGUCCAGGAAACCACUUUUCAUGUGCCUCCCCAGCAUCCCAAGGCAUUGCACCCCCAUCACCAUCAUCACCAUCAUGGACAGGUCAUAGCAACGCGACCACGGCCACGACUCUACAACUCGCCCACCAACAGCGCCUCCACCCAGGAUUCCAUGGAGGUGGUGCACGGUCAUCUGUCCAUGACAUCCCUGUCUUCCUCUGCAUCCUCUUCCUCCACAUCUUCCUCUUCCACAGGAAACCAAGGCAACCAGGCUUACCAGCUCCGCCAGCUUCCUGCCAACACCCUGGACUUUAGCCAAAAUGGAAGUAUGAGUAUGAGUAUGGGUUUGGGUGCCUUCUCAAAUCCUCGCCAAGAGACUGGUAUGGCUGGACAUCCCACGUACCCUGUUGCCACAAACACAGGACCUGGUCACUUUAUAGCAGAGGGACACCUGGGCAUGAGACAAGGCAUUGAUAGGGAAGAUUCUCCAAUGACUGGAGUCUGUGUUCAGCAGAGCUCGAUGGCCAGCUCGUGACUUUAGCUGAAAUGGGUUUGUUUUUCUGUGUGAAUUUUGUUUUUUAUUUUUUGUUUUGUUUUGUUGUUUUUUUUUCUUCCUUUUUAUGGUGGUGUUUUCAUUUUCUCCUGUUUUUCAAAAGGUGCAUAGAGAAUAAAAGCUGCUCACUUCUGAGGGGAGAUAUCACUGAACCGCUACAAAUUGAAGAGUAUUUAAAAAGUAUAUAUGUAUUUCCAUCAUUUUACGUUGUCGAUUUCUAGAUAAGUUAGUAAUACUGCAAAUAACCAUAGUGAAACUGAGACAUCCAUCUGCCAAUUCAUUCACCUGCAUACAGUACUUAUUUACCAUCUGUUACAUUGGAAACUAGGAGAUUUGUUUAAUUUAAUUUGUUCAAUACAGUGAGCAUUUCAGAGCUGUGAGCUGUCGUACAGCUUUUUAUAUGUAAAGCAAUGCAAAACAUUUGUUUAGUUCAAACAAGUGAGACAUUGGACAUUAUAAUUUGGCUGGUCGUUCUUUUAUUUACCCUUUAAGUGAAACUUCUCUAAAGAGCUGUGUGUUUAAACCUGUAGCGUGUCAAGGAAGCAGUACUUGCAGUGAUAUUUCGUGUUGUCGGUAUCGUGUAACUCUUCAAGAGGGGGCACAAAGCUGUGGAGCUCCGGUGGUGAGCGCUGGCCUAUAGCGGCGGGGAGGAGCUGUUGUUAGGGCCCGAGACAGGCAGGUGCAGUACUCUUCAGACCGGGCCGCUUCGACUACGUACAGCAACUGAGGAGGAGGAGGAGGAGGAAGAGGAGGAGGAGGAGAUGUGACGAGGGGAACAGAUCCGGAUCCAGACGGAUCUGGGGCUGCUGUUGAGAACCCUUUGGCCUUAUGACUUUUGGACCUUGACUGAAAAGGAGCUGGACUUUAUCAUUAAAUAGAGAUGAUGGCUGUCCUCUAUUUUUAACAUUUAAAGAGUCCUUAAUUGGUUAGGGAAGGUGAACGAGAAUGGUUAUUCAGAGGCCUUUAUUUAGCAAAGAUUUCUCAUUUAAAGGACUCCAAAUUGCAGGGUCUUGUUCAAACGUCCCUAACAUUACUUCCUAAAAUUGCCGAAGUGGGAUUUCACAUAAGGUAUUCAUUCCCAUUAAUUGUCUUUUAUUACUUUUUUCAUUUUUUUUCAUUUUUUAUUUCCCGUCAAGCAUGUGGUUCCCAUUGGAAAAACAUCUGCAUAAAUUUGCCUCUUUGUGUUGAACACAGAAGAUAUGUAAUGAGGUUUAUGUGACUGCCUUUUUUCUCCUCUUGAAUUAUGCUGUGAAUUUUACACAAAUUAGGUUUUCUUCUUUAUUAGUGUCUUCUUUUUUUUUCCUCUUUCUUUUGAUAUACCAAAGCAGUUGUUUUUUAUAGCACUAGGUGUCUGUAAGAAAUAAUGUAGCAGUUCACCACUUCAGCCCAAGGUUCAUCAAAGUCCAUUUUAGUCUGUAUACUCUCUCAAACUGGAACUUUUGCUGAACUACUUUAUUUUAAUGUUAACAAAAUACUGAAAUUAUAUGGAUAAACCUCCCUGAUUUGUUACCUUUUUCAUUCGUUUUUCCUGUCAAGGGGAGGGAAGGGACUCUGACGGUUACUCUGCAGGCUACAGAGUAGCUGAGGGAUCACAAAUUAUUCUGAGGAGAGAAAAGUGUUUUGUUUUGUAUUUACCUGGUCUAUCAGUCAGUGAUGCUGCCUUUUAUACCUAAUUUGAUGAACAUGCUAAUUUCUACCUUUUUAAAUCUGAGUGGCUACUUAAAUUUAUUUAUUCAGGCAGUCUACUGUAGCUACUGUGACCUCCGAGUCUGAGUUGAAUUUGUUAUCAAGUGAUUGGUUUGAUGCUUGCCUCAGAUGUACUAUUCAAAGGGAAACUAGAGGUGACGUGCUGCCACACAGACACUGGGCACAUGCAUGUUGUUCUGAAGAGGAUAAGUGUUUAUAGUCACUAUUCAGUCAUGUUAAGGAUAGCUAUGCUCACUCUGAUUCUUAUAUUAGAGGUUGUGAGCCCCCCCCCCCACCACCUAGCUUCUCACUUUGUCUCAAUUCUUCUAAGAAACCCUGUUUGCUACUUCUCUCAGUCUAGCAGUCCUUUACAGACAGUGGGACAGUAUCCUGUCAGAAAGUGUGUGCAGAUUUUCCUUUCGCGAAGACGUCACUUUCAGCCAGAGUCAUGUUUUGGUAUAUAUUUACAAAUCUCACAACGGCUAGUGGUAAUCGGAAAGAAGGUUUACCUGAAUGUUAGCUGGAUAUAAAAGUGUUUAUAUAUUAUAUAAACAUUCGAAUGCAGUUUGCUGACGUUAACAUAAACAUUCCAAAAAUCAAAAUCUAAAAAUGACAGAAACUUUUAAAGAGUGCACCUGUUUCAGCUGUUACUAAAUGAGAUCUGAUUUAGCGCAGUUUUCAUGAAAUGCAGCCCCUUUUUAAUAGUUGAAAUAGAAUUUAUGUAUAUAUUUAUAUUUUUUUAAAUAAAGGAAGUAUAGAACUCACUACAUUGCUCCUGCUGGUAUGUCAAUUACAUUGCCAUGUUUUUGCUUACCUAUUUAGAUUUUUUUUUUUUAAACCCUUCUUGUCUUACUUGGUCAUUGGACCAAAAUUGCUUUUAGUCUGAGGCAUUUGACUUCAACAGGACAACAUUAAAGGUAGGGCUUAUAACUUGUACCGAAAGAAUCUUUUCACAGGGUAUGACGCAUGUGUGUCCACACUUUUAUAAUGCUCAUGGUUUGCUAGGUCUGUUUCUUCCCUUUCUCUUAAAUGCAUUAAAUGUCACUGAUUCACAAGAUCAUGGAUUUUAAUUCAGCAUUCUUCUGCCUUUUGAUAUUUUGUUUUUCUUUUCAGAUUUUCUUGACCCUUUUCAUGCAACAUGCACUAUAUAAUUGAACAGCAUGGGGAAAAAGGAUAAGUGUCCACAGAUUGUAAGAUCUAGUCAAGACUUUGCUGUGUAUAUGAAAAUGCCCUUUGUAUUAUAUUCAAACAGUCUUAUGUAUGAUAUAUAAAAAAUAACUUAAUUGA